UUCAAAGUGGUUGCCACUAUGUUGCUUUCCCUUUGAGAGUGGUCUACAACGAAAUCAAUUUUCAAACAUGGUUCAAAACCAUAUAAAAGCUUGUGUUUUAACACUAUCAAUUUUAUAUCAUGUUCCCUUGGGGUCCACUUACACCAGUUCAUCCCAAAGCCAAGAGACAAGUCAUUUCUCCCAUAAAAGGACUAUCUAUCCUGGAGGUUGCACGGAUGUUCCAUCAGCACCACAUAACUCGGACAUGAGAUGCUCCGUGGUGUUUGGUUGUAAAGUCGAGUGCAACCAGGGAUUUGCCGCGCCAAACGGGAAGUCUUCUUUUGAACUAAAAUGUCGCGAUAGGGUUUGGGAGGACCGUUUCAACGAGUUCAAUGGAGAAAUUCCACAUUGUCAGGCUUUGUGCAAUCCGCCUUGUCAAAACCGUGGUAUUUGCAUGGGCCCUAACCAAUGCCAUUGUCCAGGCAAUUUUGAAGGCCCCUUGUGUGAGAUUGAAAAAGCCCAUCCUUGCUUAUCUCGGCCUCCCACCCCACGUGGAGCCCGGGUGUAUUGCAAUCAAACGUCAUGCCAAGUCAAUUGUAUGCCUCACCACCAAUUUCCCAAUGGUGAGACCGAAACAAAACUGACCUGCAUGGACGGGAAAUGGAGGAUUGAAGGAACGGAAAGCGGUCAAGUUGACAACUGCGAUCCCAUUUGUGAUCCUCCAUGCAAAAAUGGUGGCUUUUGUCUUUCCUACAACCAAUGCCAAUGCCCAGAAGACUCCAAAGGUCUUCAAUGUCAAUACAGAGCUUCUAACUGUAAGCCGGAAUUGAUGGAGUUUAAUGGAGGUUACAAUUGCACUGGCACACAAACCUCUUUCACGUGUGUCGUCUAUUGUCCGAAUGGCAUUGACUUUGAGCAUCCACCUGCGCCAGUUUACACGUGCGAUUAUGCCAGUGGCACAUUUGAGCCAAUGCCAGUCCCCGAUUGUGAUUAUGGCCACGGAGUCCAAGUGAUCCGGACUAAGAAAACGGUCAAGAAGCGAUAUCGAACCCAUGUUCAGCAAAGUGGAUCCUAUCUGAAUUGGACUUGGGUCUUGGAAGGAAAUGCGAUGAAGCGUCAUUGGAAAUCCAGUUUGGGUCGCACUUGGAUCUUAGAUCAAGGCCUACAGAAGACGGGCGAAUCAGAUUACCAAGAGGCCCAAGGAAACAUCUAUAACGAAGAUGGAGAGGUUAAUCUCAAUCUUUUGAAGCGAUACACCCGAAAUAUUCAAGCGGGAGGUUGGUGGUUCGGUUGGGGAGUUUCGCAACAAUCAUUUCCUACCAUUGAAGGAACUGACAAUGAAGAGCUUUUGUUUUUAAUGUCCAAACAUCAAAGUCCUCGGUCAGGAUCCUGUUUAUUCUGGAGCCAAGAGCAUUUAAGGAACUUUGACGGCACCACUCUCUCAUUCCCAAUGACACAGAACUGUCCCCUGACUUUAGUUCGGGAUGAUGAAGAUGGAAUAUUUGAGGUUCAAGUGCAGAAAGAGUGUCCAUCCCCAACCGAAGGAGUAGGGGCUGGCGGCUAUGGGCCAAUAUCAACCGAACAGGAAUGCUCCUUGAAAAUCAUGAUCUUGAUCGAGGACGAAGAGUACACCCUUCAAACAAGAACUUCGGGACCUAAAGUCCUUAAAGGAGAAGAAAUUCUUGAUGUGCCCGGGUCCUUCUCGGGAGUGAUCUUGGAACAAUUGGGGGAAUGGAUUUUCAUGCAUGUUGAUGGAUUAGGAUUUCAUAUCAAAUGGGAUUCCAAGGGAACUUUAAUGGUUGAUGUUGGCGAGUCAUUGUGGAACAAAACAACCGGGUUGUGCGGGCGGCAUAAUGGAAAUCCAUACGAUGACUUUGAAGAUAAAAAUGGAAAGCCAGUGCAAAAGCUUAACACACUUGUUGCUGGUUGGAGAGCAAAUCAUCAAGAUUGCGACCAUUCAAAUGUUCCUCAACCACAAACAUCGUGUUCUCAAGGGGAUGAGGAUAACCAAGCCCAACAAUUCUGUACCAAGCUCUUCGACAUUGAAAGCCUUCACGAAUGUAGAAAGGUUCUCAAUCCCUUGCCUUUUUUUGAAACCUGUAAAUUGGACUUUUGCAAGGCUGUUCACGACCCAACUCUAAAAAAGGACAAGUGUCACUCUAUAUCGUCAUAUGUCAUACAAUGCAAAGCUCUACAAGUAGAUGUGAAUGCCAAUGGAGGGUGGAGAACACCGGACUUUUGUCCCUUGGAGUGCCCCUCUGACAGAGUAUACUACCCUUGUGGAAGUGGUGAAAGUGACAGUUGUGAGACCGUUGGGCAAGAUCCCAGUGAGGAAGAAUACAACUCAAUUUGUAUCGAAGGCUGUUAUUGUCCCAGGGGCAUGUUUUACCGUGAGGGCUCUUGCAUCCCCAAAAAGCAGUGUCCUUGCCUCUUCAAUGACAAAUUCUAUGAAUCUGGCGAAGAAAUCAAAAAUGACUGCAACACCUGCAUUUGCCAAGAAGGGUCAUGGAAAUGCUCCCAAGAGGUCUGUGGUCGUCGGUGUUCAGUGGUGGGGGAUCCUCAUUACACGACCUUUGAUGGAAAAAAAUUCGAUUUCAUGGGACAGUGCUCUUAUGACCUUGUUCGUGGUUCCAACUUCAGCAUCGAAGUCGAAAACGUGGCCUGUUCAGGAAGUGUUAGCGAGAGCCUGAAUUAUCCUAAAAGUGUGUUGGGAAUGUUCCCAUCGUGUACCAAGAGUGCCACCAUUCGAUGGGUAGGAGCGGUGAUCAAGUUGAAACAAGGAAUGGAGGCUCUCAUCAAUGGCAUUGAGACUAGAAUUCCCAUAAGGAUUCCAACCCCAGCUGGAUCAGUUCUGAUCUCUAGAGUCUCCUCAUUAUUCAUGAAAGUCUCCUUGCCCAAUGCCAUGGAAAUAUGGUGGGAUGGCUACGCCCAAUUGCAUGUGGACGCCCACGGGAGCUUCAAAGGUAAACAACUCUUUAAGGGUCUCUGUGGAGACUUCAACGGGCAGCAGAAGGACGAUUUCACCACCCCUGAAGGGGAUGUGGAACAAGAUCCAAUCAUCUUUUCGAACCGGUGGCGGACUAAUGAGGCAUGUGGUUCCUCUGAUGGCAACAUUCAUCACCCGUGUAAUGCUAAUCCAGAGCGAAAGGCCAGUGCCCAAGAAAUGUGCUCAAAACUGACAGGCUUCAUCUUUGAAGAUUGCAACAACAUCGUGAAUCCAUCACCGUUUUAUCAGGACUGUGUCUUCGACUUAUGUGCUUGUGAACACGAUCCCAAGGAUUGCCUGUGCCCAACUUUGAGUUUUUACGCCCAAACCUGUUCCAAUAAGGGUGUCCAUAUUGAUUGGCGUCAAUAUGUUCCGGAAUGUGGAAUAUCCUGUCCAAUGGGCCAAGAGUUCCAAGCGUGCGGAACAUCCUGUGGAUUGACCUGUUUAGACGUGGCCUUAAACACCAAUAGAACUUGCGAGAACAAAUGCGUUGAAGGCUGUCAAUGCCCUGAAGGGAUGAAAUUGGACCAAAAGGGCAACUGUGUGACUAUUCAAGAUUGUCCUUGCAUGGAUGACAAAGGCGACCUUUAUGAGCCAAGUUCCCUUCGAUAUCAAGCAAAGAAAAAGGGAGAAGAGAUUUGCGUUUGUGGUCACGCUCAUUGGGAUUGUCAUCCGGCUACGGAGGAAGAAAAAAUCAUAAUGAACCUGAAGAGCAAGAUCAUUUGCAAUGAGUCAAACAACGAGGAAUUGGACCGAUGUCCAAAGGAAUUGCCAGAAACUUGUGCGAAUAUGCACUUGUUCCGCAAGUUCCCCUUGCCCAAAUCGGAUGAGUGCCAACCCAGAUGCGUUUGCCAAGCUUCAUUUGUUCUCGACCAAGAAUCUGGCCGAUGCAUCAAACCUUCGCAAUGUCCUUGUCAUCACGGCCGACGAUCCUACACUGAGGGCGAAACCAUCCGAAAAGAUUGCAACGCUUGUACUUGUCAGAGCGGAUCAUGGCACUGUUCCCAAAACCCGUGUCCUAUGGUUUGCUCUGCGUGGGGAAAUUCCCACUAUCAAACUUUCGACAAGAAGGUCUUUGAUUACCAUGGAUCGUGCGAAUAUGUUUUGGCCAGGGGCAAGCUAAAUGAUCAAGAAGGCUUUCAGAUUAACAUUCAGAAUGUUCCAUGCGGAACCAGUGACGUGACUUGUUCCAAAUCAGUUGCAUUGAUUGUUCACGGAGGAGAUAAUACAACAGAAAAAGUGAAUCUAGUUCGAGGGCGCCCUCUGCCGGAUUUAAAUGCGUUGAAGCGGGUCAACAUGAGAAAAGCAGGUUUGUUCAUAUUUAUUGAGGUCAUCGACUUGGGUCUGGUUCUUCAAUGGGAUGGCGCCAAUCGCCUUUAUGUUCGUGUCAAACCCUCUUGGAGUAAUCAUCUGGAGGGUCUUUGCGGGAACGCGGAUAACGACAAUGAAAAUGACUUCAAAACUCCAUCUGGUAUUGUCGAAGGAAGUUCGAGGUUAUUUGGCGAUAGCUGGAAACUCCACAAGUAUUGCCCAAAUGCCGGCCAUGUUAAGGAUACAUGCGAAGAACAUCCUCAGCGAAAGAUCUGGGCUGGCAAGAAGUGUGCCAUUUUGAAGUCCCCCAUCUUUGAGGCUUGUCAUAAUCAGGUCCCCAUUGAACCUUGGUUCGAUCAAUGUGUUCUUGAUACAUGUGGUUGCAACGUUGGUGGAGAUUGUGAGUGCCUCUGCACUGCUGUGGCUGCCUAUGCUCAGGAAUGCUCUGCGCAAGGAAUUCCGAUCAUGUGGAGGUCCCAGGACCUUUGUCCCAUGCAAUGCGGCAAGAAAUCUUCAUAUUCGUCUUGUAUUUCCACUUGCCCAUCCAAAUCUUGCGUCAACAUUCAUAGCUAUAAGGCCUUGGCCUUACUAUGUCCUGAAGAGCCUUGCGUUGAAGGAUGUCUACAAACCGCUUGCCAAGAACCCAAUGAAGUGUAUGCCGGUCCCAAUGACUUCAGGUGUCUCCAUCCAAGUAAUUGUCGGGUCAAAUGUAUGCAGAAACCAGAUGGAUCAUGGUUCUAUGAAGGAGAGGUGGUGGAAAGGGAUUCCUGUAGAACUUGUUUUUGCUCAAAAGGCAAGAAGCGAUGUUCCGCAUCCAGCUGCAGUUAUGGCCAUGGAAACGGUUGGAAUCGAACCCAGACUGACAUGAAUUCUACUAUCUAUGGCAAUCUCGAUGAAAGCAGCAAGGAGAACAACUCAACCCGAUCUGAUGUGGUUCUAACAUGCACCCAAGGAUGGACCAGUUGGAUCAACAAUCACCGUCCCAUUAAUGAAGAUCCAAACGAGAUCGAAAUCAUCGGCGAUUAUACUGAAUUACGACCCUCAUUAUCUGGUUCCAAUGCUUGGUGUGCCAGAAGUGAUAUGAAGAAGAUCCAAUGCAGACAAGCAUCCACUCACAAACUCGUGGAUUCCGAAACCCCUGAAAAGCUUCCUUUAGCUCUUGGAGCAAUCUUAGGUGGUGCUCAAAGUAACAUCAAGGCUUCAAAUGAUGACUCGGUUCAAUGUGAUCUUGAUCAAGGCGUGGUUUGUCAAGCCGAAUUGGGUAGAAAAUGUCAUGACUACGAGUACAGGAUUUUUUGUGAAUGUACUUCAACGACGAUUGUUCAGAAUGUUAGCAUUGACUCGCUACACAGCUGUGAUCCAAUCCGGCCUUUAAUGGUUCAUCCAGACGAUUGUCAUCUCUAUCAAGAAUGCGUUGAAGAGCAAAUUCCUUAUGGAGGAAUGCGAAUCAGAAUGGUUGAAAAAUCUUGCGGUGACACGUUGAUGUUCAAUCCUUACACUAUGGAAUGUGAUUGGUCCCAUAAUGUGGCCCAACUCAGACCCAAAUGUCAAGUGAAAGAGCCUCCCACAACUCAAAGAACCACAACCACAACCAUGUCAACAACACCAACACCCGACGAUCACGGAUCUAUCCAAGAAUGUGAUCCCAAUGUGCCUCAUAUUCCACAUGAAUCCGAUUGUGAAUUAUUUUAUCAUUGUUCUCAUGCCCAAUAUGGUGGCUCACCUCAUAAGGUCUUAAAGAGAUGUGGUCCAGGAACAUUGUUCCACCCAAUAUCCAUGACUUGCACUUGGCCUAAUCAAGUGAUCCAAGUCAAACCAGAAUGUGGAAACAACGAGUACAUAACAGUUACGUCGACCUCAACCCCCGAACCAACAACCACGACCAUUGUCAUCAAAUCUACAUCGAGUCCGUUAAAGAAAUGCGAGGACGGAAGAGAGUUGAAAUCGUUGGUCAACGAUCCGAAUGACCCUCUGAGUGAUGAUGCAUUCAGCUCAUCUUCAUCCAAGGAUCAAGGACCUCCAGCCUCUGCCAGAAUGCCUACCAGCUCUCAAUCCCUUGUGGAUGAAGACACACCAAUGAGGUACAAGCGACAGGCUGAAGUGAAUAAGUUAUUGAUCCACGAUGUCCAAUGCUUGACAGCGGAUGAAUACAAUGCAGGAAUGACCUCAGGAUUAUUUGGGAUCAUGAGCGGUGAGUUCUAUCUCACAGUUUGUGGACCAAAAGCAUGUUGCGAAACCGGUCAUUUGGACAACGCCUUCAACAACUGGGAACGAGGACAGACUGACACCUUUGAUGGGAGUGACAUUGGACAAUGUGAUCAUUUUGAUAUCGGAGAUUCCUAUGGGAAUUCGGUGGAAAUCACUCUGAGGCACGCGGGUCACAAUGGAGGCCAUUUGAAGUGGAUUCGAGUGAAUGGGAUUGGUGGAACUGUGUACCAAUGUAUCAUUGAUGAGAAACUCGAUGAUGACGAUACCAAAUCAUACGGUUGCGAACGCAUUCAUGGACCUGAUUUCAACCCUGUUGAGGAGCAAACAUUUGAACGAUUAGAAGAUGUCAAUCACCAGCAUUCGGGAUAUCGAAAUUUCCAAAAGCGUGAUGUUUGGGAACCGGAAUUUGUGGAUACACAUCAAUAUUUGCAAGUCAGUUUUGAGAGUGCUGAGCCCAUCUAUGGUGUGGUCAUCAAAGGAGAUUCUGAUCAAGGAGCAUAUGUGACAUCUUACUAUGUCAUGUACAGUUGGGACGGGAUCUCUUACUCCUACGUGGAAAACACCUAUGGCGAGCCCCAACUGUUCAAAGGCUCCGUGGACUCUGCUAAUCCAGUGAGAGUGAUCUUCGAAAACCCUAUUGAAGCUCGUUAUGUCAGGAUCAAUCCACACACUUGGGUGGGAACAAUCAGCCUUCAAGUGGACAUUCUGGGAUGCCAUACCAUUGACAAGACCACUGUAACCACUGAUCCGUCCACUACCUUUGCUUAUCUGGAAACAACCACCCAACCACCCACUCCAGAUGUGAAAUGCCAACAACCCAUGGGAAUCGAUCAAGGCCUUCUGCCAUCUUCUUCCAUUACGGUCUCCUCUGUUUAUGGAAAUGACCAAGCCCAAUAUGGCAAGUCAAUGUUGCAACUCUCUUCUGGAGGUGGUUGGAGACCAGCCACUGAUUCCAGCAGUGAGUUCAUUAAGAUUGACUUCACGGGUCUCAGAGAUCUGACUGGCAUCCAGAUUGGAGGAGGAGCGGAUUCAAAUGAUCGAGUAGAGGUGUUUCGGGUGAUAUUCAGUCAGGAUGGAACGAAUUGGAACAAGAUUUUGGACACAUCCGGAGUGGAAAAGGUGUUCUUGGGGAAUCAUGAUUCAUCUUCGGUGGAGUUAAAUUACUUCCGAAGGCCAAUUCGAGCUCGGUAUCUGAAGGUUAUUCCGCUGAAAUGGAACAGAUCCAUUGGUAUGCGAUUGGAAGUUCUCGGCUGUUACGAACCCUACGCGAAUCUACCAACAACAACAACCACAAGCUCGCCGUACGUGAUUCCAGCCGAAAAAAUGUCUUGUGAUCCCUGUCCCAAUGUUCCAUUUGAGUCUAUGCCCGGAUGCUUUUGCUCUGAAGGCUUACUUUGGGACGGUGAAGGUUGCGUGGAACAAGAUAGGUGCCCCUGUUACUUGGGCUACCAAAGGUAUGAAAUUGGAACUCAAUUUGAAAACGAGGAUUGCGAAGAGUGCACUUGUCAACCAGGUGGAUCAACCCAUUGUGUGCCACAAGAAUGUCACCGGUGUUCCAAUCCCUAUCUCCACCCCGAAAUUACUCCCCAAUGUGAAUGUGUUUGUCGAGGUUGUGCCUCGGACUCCAAACUUUGUCCCACUGAUAACACCUGCGUUCCCAUUACAAAAUGGUGCGAUGGGAUCAACGAUUGUUCCGAUGAUGAGCUUGACUGUCCCGUUCAGGAAACCAGCAAAUCUCCGAGGUUGAUCGACACAACCAUUGAACCACUUGAAAGCACUGCCAAGCCCAUUGUGACGCAAAUGUCCGUUGAUACCACUCCAAGAACAAUUAAAUGCAAGAAACCAGUUUGUCCGCCAGAAUUUGACCUUAAGGAAACUGAGAUUGAAACCAUUGAAGGAUGCGUGGUAUACAAAUGUAUUCACGCCUCCAAACAGUUCUAUUGCCCGCCCGUUACUUGUGCCGAAGGUGAAGUUGUUGAGUUCUUUGAUCGCUCGCAGGAUUUUGGCUUUCCUCCCAAAGUCGAUCCAGAUCGAAAACCUAUCAAGAUAGAAGAUGAAACGAGUAUUGUUCAAGAAGAUCAGGAAGAUGAAGAACUGGCUGAAAUAUUCAAUUAUAGACGGAAAAGAGAUAUUUGUGGAGAUGCUGAUUAUAUCCUCGGAGACAGUGAAUUUGGAUUGGAAAGAUGCCCCGAGUACCAAUGUUCCAUGCCUACAACAACAACAACAACAACCACAACCACAACAGCCACCUCUUCCUCAACCACCACUCCUUAUUUUGUUCCCAUAGAAAAUGAGUCAAAAUGCAUCUUCGAUGGGCCAUCCAUAAACACGUUUGAUGGUAAUCAGUUCAAGUACACAGUUUGCCAUCAUAUCCUCGCCCAAGAUCAAUCAAGCUCUUGGCGAGUAUCAGUCAAGCAGGAUUGUGUCAAACCUGGCAAAUGUCGUAAAUCCAUUCGGAUUACUCAAGGGUCUGAUGAUGUCACCUUGGAGGACACCUUCAAAGUCAAAUUUAGGGACAACGAAUACACUCCACGCCAGAUAGCUUUGUUCACUGAAAAACAUACAGAUUUCAAGGUGACUAAAAUUGGAACUAACCUUGUCUUUCGGUCCAAGGUUCAUCCCUUCAGAGUUGUGCUCACUAAAACCGGAAGAGUGGAGCUUGAGGUCGAGUCAAGCUUUGAGAACAAGGUUGACGGUCUUUGUGGUCUCUUUAAUGGCGAUAGCUCGGAUGAUAAAACUUCUCCUGACGGAGAAUACCUGGAUGCUUCCCAAGAAUUUGGUGAUUCGUGGCAAGUCCCAGGAUCAGAACCCUGCGCAACCCCUACGCCCGAAGAUCAAUGCCCUGAAGAGUAUCGACGAAAGGCUCUCCGAAUGUGUGAAAUGACCACCAGGUUUCCACCAUUCAACCGAUGCGGUCAUGUGGUGAAUUUCGACCAGUUUAUCUCUAAAUGUUUCGAGUCUUCAUGUCAAUGUUUGAAAGAAAUGGAUGCUGGAAAAUCCUCCGAUGACCCGGUGAGGACUUGUCGUUGCAAAGUCAUGAGCAAUCUUGUCGGCGAAUGCCUAGAGAAGGACCGUUCUGUUGUCGUUGAAGGUUGGAGAGAGCAACACCUUUGUGAAUCCGAUUGUCCUUCUGGACAGAUCUUCAAGGAUUGCCACAAUACCGCUUGCGAACCUACUUGCGACAAUUUCCGCCAAAACGUUUGUGCCGCUUUUGAUGAAACAAAGAUUUGCUUCCCAGGAUGCUUCUGUCCAGAGGGCUCUGUGAGACAAGGCCAGGAUUGUGUGCCAAAAUCCACUUGCAGGGACUGUACGUGUAAAAUCAAUCAGAGACCUCAUAAAUAUCAAACCUUUGACGGAAAGAACUUCAAGUAUGCUGCCAAUUGUUCGUACGUAGCUGUCAAGCACUCGUCUAUUGAACCCGACUUUGAGAUUCAUUUUACCAAUGAGCCUUGUCCAAAUCGCUCAGGAGACUUUUGUACAACGGCUGUGGAGGCCAAGAUUGGGGGUCACUCUAUACAUGUGGGCAAAAGCAUUCAAACAAAUGAGAUGGUUUUGUUUGUUGAUGCCCAAAAGAGCGAUUUAGAGUCGUCGACUCCGGAGUUCAAGUCAGCCGUUAAACCGAAUGGGGAGAUUCAAAUAUUACUUAAUGGGAUUAACGUAGAGAUCCUGUACAAUAUGGAACAAGGAUCGUUUCUGAUUCGAAUGCCUUCCGAAUACUAUGGGGGCAAGACUGUAGGGAUUUGUGGAAAUUGCAAUAUGUUCGUAAAAGACGAUUUUACUGACAAGACCGGUCAUAUUGUGGACAACACGGGCAAGUUGUUUGAAAGUUGGAGUACAAAGUUGUGCCAGGAGACAACUGUUCCACCCACAAGUUUGCCUCAAAUCAAAUGUAUCAAUGAUAACAAAGCCAUUUGUCGGGUGGUUCAAUCCCAAGCCUUUUCAAUGUGUCAUCCUUUGAUUGAUCCCAGUCCCUUCCUUGAGGAUUGCCAAGAACAAUUGUGCCAAGAUCCAAACUUCUCUUUGUGCAACAUCCUCAACGAAUAUGGAGAUGCUUGUCAAGACUUGGGAGUAUGCAUAUCCUGGCGUCAAAUGGCAAAUUGUUCCACUCUCCAAUGUCCAUCGAACAGAGAAUACCAUGAAUGUCCCACCAAAAGGUCAACCCGUACUUGUGAGGAUGUGAAGAACGAGGUUCAAAGCCAGGACAUCUUUAUGUAUGCCAGAUCAGGAUUGAAUGGCUAUGGAAGUGGUUUGUCAGAGGACGAUGAUGAUGAGAGCAAUGAAUCAGAAACUUGUUCAUGUCCAGAAGGUCGAGUCAUCCAAGGCUCUAAAUGCAUUCCUGAGGAAUUGUGCGACGCCUGCCAAGAUACAGAAACGGGAGACAUUUAUGGCAUUGGAGAGUCGUGGACCUCAAAAUGCCAAUCUUGCUCUUGUCAUAGCAAUACCAAUGAUUCUGGAACAAUCACUCGUUGCCGAGCAUUAGAUUGUUUGCCUGGUCAUGGGGUUUGUGGGAUUGGACAAGAAUGGAAAAAAGUGUCAGGUUCCAAUGGGGACCAGUGUUGCCCCACGUUUUCUUGCAUUGAUAUUCGGAGAAAUUGUAGCGAGAUUGCCAAACCUGAGUGCUCAGGAGAACAAAGUCUGAAGAAAGUGGAAAACUAUCAAGAAUGCCCAACAUUCGUGUGCGAAUGUGUGGCUAAAUCUGAAUGUCCACUUUUGGAUGAUACAACCCUCGUCUUAAAACCAGGGGAAACGGCACUUGAGGUUCAAGGGGCAUGCUGUCCCAAACUCGAAAUCAAAUGCACCAGAGAAACCUGUCCUCUUCCCCCUAAAUGCCCCAAGUUCUACAAAUUGAUUCAACAUGAGUCGGAUCUAUGUUGUCCGGAAUUUUCGUGUGAGCAUCCAAAUGCUUGCAUCUAUUCCUCCAACUUCUCGAAGAACGCACCAAAUGUUCCCUCAAGUAUAGGUUACGGAAUCCACGAGACCAAGGAAGAUAAUAAAGAGCUGAAAGAGUUGUAUGCUCAAUGGGAAGAUGGUCCAUGCAAAGUGUGCUUGUGCUUGCCUCAAGAGUUUUCCAAUCCCACGGCAGAGUGCACAUUAAACCCUUGUACCCCUCCUGAAUUGGACUCUGAGGAUUAUUUGUAUGCGCAGAAAAAUGGUACCUUAUCUGCGGGCGAGUGUUGUCCAACUUAUGAAAAGAUUGCUUGUGUCCAAGGGAAUGAAGCUUUUUAUGGUGGCGAAACUAUCCCAACCCAAGAUCCAUGCGUAAAGUUAUCUUGCAUUGCGUCAGGCAAGUCGCAACUGAGUAAACAGUCAAUCGCGGAAUCUUGCGAUAACACCUGCCCUCUGGGAUGGAAAUUAAACCCCCCGGAGACCGGAAAAUGUUGCGGCAAAUGCAAACAAGUUGGCUGCAUUCGGGAAGACACGUCAGAGAUUCUGGAGCUUGGACAGCAAUUUGAGAGCAAGGAUGGCUGUGUUACACACGCAUGCGUCAACGUUUCUGGCACUCUUCAACUUUUAAAGAAAGAAGUCUCAUGCCCAGCGAUUGAAAAUUGUGACGGGACCAUUUCUAAGGAUGUCAAUGGAUGUUGCAAUGUUUGCAUCCCUUCUUCACAACCGCUAACCUCUUCCUGUUCACCUGUGUCUCAAAAACCAUCGGAAACCAUCGGCUUGAUCCAAGAAAUGCAUGCCGACCAUGGUUAUUGUCAAAAUAAUGAACCUAUUCCCAAUUUCCAAGAAUGCCAAGGACACUGCAAAUCUGGCAACACUUAUCUCUCUGAGUUAUCCAUGCACGAGGCCGAUUGCAAAUGUUGCCAAACACUGGUUGAGGAGACUUUAAAGGUUGUCUUGUCUUGUGAGGACAACACAUACUACACCAAAGAAAUCAAGGUCCCCAGUCGCUGCCAAUGUUUGUCGUGUUCCAGCCUUCAAGAGCAAAACACCAAAGACAAGCAUCCUAAUUAUGAGGCAUUCCUUGGAUACCAGCACAUUCCUUUGAAUGGAGAUGUCGGAACUCCAAAACAAAUGGAAACCCAAACCAACCUGAAAAAUGACAAUGAACCCCCCUACUGAAAUAACUUACCCUGAAACCUAAAAAUACUGUUCUCAUUAAAAUGAUACUUGUACAUAGUCCAAAUAAAGCAAAUAACAGUCUAAAACGA